ACUUCUGGGCCUCACGGUCACGGGAUUUGAUUCUCUCAUUAACGUGACAGGUUUUUUUCUCCCAGUGACACUCACUUCAAUAAUAUUUGCUAAUUUGUCCUAGAACAUUGCUCUCUAAAAAAAAAAACUGCCAUGUCUGUCUCUUCCAAUUCAUUCCCUGUUAUCAUUUUCGUGCUCAUUUUCCUUUUCCUUGUUACAUUGGCUAUACACUCAUUCCCCAAGUCCACGGCCAACACCACUGGCCGGCCGCCACGACAACUCUCUGUCGAUUACUACGCCAAAUCCUGCCCUCCGGUCGACCAGCUUGUUGCAUCCGUAACCUCCCUGCAAUUCAGAGAAGCGCCGGUAUCUGGUCCAGCCACCAUUCGCCUCUUCUUCCAUGAUUGCUUCGUUGAGGGAUGUGAUGCAUCAGUACUUAUUAAAACAAGAAUGGGAAGCAAAGAAUUAUCAGAGAAGGACGCAGAGGAUAACAAGGAACUAGCAGUGGAGGCAUUUGAUAGCAUAAAGAAGGCCAAAUCAUUGGUGGAGAGCAAGUGCCCUGGAGUUGUAUCCUGCGCAGAUAUACUUGCAAUUGCUGCCAGAGAUUUUGUCCAUUUGGCCGGAGGUCCAUAUUAUCAAGUGAAAAAAGGAAGGUGGGAUGGAAAAAUUUCCAUGGCAUCAAGAGUCCACUCAAAUCUUCCUCAAGCAAAUUCGACAUUGGAUGAACUUAUUUGGCUCUUUAAAUCCAAAGGCUUAACACUCGAAGACCUAGUCAUCCUCUCGGGUGCACACACCAUUGGUUUUGCCCACUGUCAUCAUUUUCUCAGUCGCAUAUACAACUACAAAGGCACCAAGCAACCCGACCCAAAUAUUGACUCAAGACUCCUGAAGGCCCUCAAAAUGUCAUGCCCACAAUUUGGAGGGAAUUAUGAUGUUGUUGCACCAUUUGAUGUGAAAACCCCUUUUGCAUUUGACAAUGCAUAUUAUGGGAAUUUGGAGGCUAAAUUGGGCUUGUUGGGUUCUGAUCAAGCUCUGUUUUUGGACCCAAGAACAAGGCCCUUGGUUCAAAAUCUGGCAAAGGAUAAAAAGAAGUUUUCCCAGUUAUUUGCUGCUGCUAUGGAUAAAAUGGGAUCCAUUGGGGUGAAGAGGGGAAGGAAACAUGGAGAGAAAAGAAAAGAUUGUAGUAUGCAUCUGUGAUAACUGUUUUUAUUUUCUUUAUUUUUUCUUGGGUUUGAUAAUGUUAAUGGAUGAUUGAUUUUAAUUU